CUUUACAGCUAAGGAUUGGUGCCUCCUAAACUCAAAUCCAUGUCGAAAUGGUGGUACCUGUGUUAAUAUGGUCGCAGAUUUUAAGUGCUUUUGUAAACAACCAUUUACGGGAAGUGUCUGUCAGGAAAAAUGCCCCUUGGGAUGGACGGCUUUCGGAGGAAGUUGCUACAGAUUAAGCACUAGUACUGCAAAUUGGUUUUCUGCUCUGACUUCAUGUAGACAAGGCGGAGGGGAUCUUGUAGAAAUAACAAGCGCUGAAGAAAAUGAAUUCCUAGCUGACAUUGUAAAAAAAAAAUAUGUUAAAAGUGCUUGGAUUGGUCUGAAUGAUCUGGCUAGCGAAGGCAGUUAUAUCUGGGUUUCAUCAGGGAAUAAUGCCAACUUUACGUACUGGGCACGCAACCAACUUAGAGAUGAUUACUCUGUAGAAGAUUGUGUUGAAAUGUGAAAAUCCGGUCAGUGGAACGAUAUGAACUGCGAAAGCUAUCGAAAUUAUUUUUGCGAACUUUCUGGUAUCAAAACAUGUCCAGCAGGAUGGACCUCUUUUGGAAAAAGUUGCUAUAGCAUAGGCAGUAGCCCUACAAGUUGGUUUUUGGCUCAGACUUUAUGUAGAAAACAUGGAGGAAAUCUUGUAGAAAUCAAAAACGGUGCCGAGAUUACAUUCCUUACAGACCUUAAGAGCAAGGUUCAAGUUUCAAGUGCUUGGAUUGGACUGAUUGAUCAGGGUAAUGAAGACGCACAUAUCUGGGUGUCAUCCGGACAUGUUGCCAACUUUACGAAUUGGGCAAGUGGGCAGCCUAGCGAUUCUUCCCCUGUGGAAGACUGUAUUGAAAUGCGGGAUGCCGGUCAGUGGAAAGACAUGGACUGUGAAAGGGAUCAAAAGUAUAUUUGUGAACGUUCUAGCAUCACAAAAGAUGAUCUCAGCAAACCCUCAGGUUACUGCUUCCCAGACCCAUGCCUAAAUGGAGGUACAUGUAUUGAUGCGAAAGAUAAUUACACAUGUUCCUGUCGACCUUCAUUCUUUGGAAGAAAUUGCGAAGAGAUCAGAUCCAAUAACUGCUCGCCAAACCCAUGCCAAAAUGGCGGUACUUGUGUUGAUGGAACAAAUUAUUACAUAUGCUACUGCAUAAAUGAUUUUACUGGACGCAACUGUGAGGGCAAGUAUUGUUUAUGUGAUAAAUAAUCCUCCUCCGAUAUAUGUGUUUUAUAUUGUUUUCUCUAAAAUAACAAAAAGAAUAACUUGUACUUUCUACUGCUGUAUAUUAUUUUUUGUGGUUGGAUUGCUUUCUGAGGCGCCGAUUAGGUAGAGAUUGCUGUGCACGAUCGCUUUUCCGGUUCUGCUCAUAUCUUCAGUUUUGAUAUUAAAUGUUUAAAUCUACAGUGUAUACUUGAUCUUUCAAAUGUUUUCUACACUAACUUAAUUUUGAUUGG